UUCUUUGUACCGGAUCUGGAGUUUUCGACGACAAAAGUUUGGUUAUGUAAAGAUGUUAUUUACCUAAACGUUGUUUGAACGCACAUUUCACAACAGAAACAAAUCAGUGGAGAUUUAGAUGAAGACCUGAAAAUGUCUGCAAGGUUUCUGAAGGCUGCAAAGAAAAGUGAAAGAGUUUUGUUUCGAUGCCUUGCAAAACAGCAUGGUUUUCGUUUGCAUCAGAAAGAGAUCAGCAGCAGUCUACAUCUUGCCAGAACCCUCACAUCAUCGGGAAAAUUAAAUAAAAUCUUAGAAGAAUACAUCUUCAAACUUAAACUUCCAGAGGGUUUUGGGCGAUUUGAAAAAGAAGGGAAAACCUCAGAGGAUAAAACUAAAAGUCAAGGAAAUGAGGGCACAUCUCAAAAGACUGAUGCUCCCAAGCAGGACACUAGCGAUCCUUCAAAAAAAGACAGUGGUACAGCAAAAGAAUCCAAAGAUAAGAAAGACGACUUUGAUAUGGACCUAGGAAAAUCUUUGAAGGAAUUUUUUGAGAAUGUUUCAAGUCAGGUGAACGAGCAAAAAGGAAAGAAGGAGGGGCAAAGUGGUGGAAAUUGGGGGAAUGGUCCAGGUAACGAAUUCGUCCUAGGACUCGUGGCGGUCCUGUUUGCUCUGUGGUUGCUGAAAGUCGUCGCAGAUGCUAACAGAUAUGUUUUGUUGACGUAUAAACAGUUUGAAAACCUUUUACGAGAUAAGAAGGUUGAUGGUCUAACAAUAGAUCCCAAAACUAAGGUGGUAUACAUUCGACUGAAGCCUGAGUAUCGUGGCGUGGUGUCCGGACAUAUUCUUCAAAUUGGAAGUAUUUCUAAAUUUGAAGACAUGGUAGAGGAUAUUCUUCAAGAAACUGGAGAUGAAGAUAAUGUGGAAAUUAAAUAUAAACUUCAAUCUGCCACUGAUGGAUUUAAUUUUUCAUUAUUAUUAACUGGAGCUAUGUUACUUCUGCUUUUGCGGAGUUUUCUAAAACGUGGACAAGUCGGGAAGGGGUCAGGAGGAGGGGGUAUUGGGGACCUAUUUGGAAUGGGAAAAUAUCAGGCUAAAAAGGUCACCAAGGACACAGGUGUCAAAUUCAAAGAUGUUGCAGGUUGUGAGGAGGCCAAAAUAGAAAUUAUGGAAUUUGUUAACUUUCUGAAACACCCUCAGAGGUACAAGGAAUUAGGGGCCAAAAUCCCUAAAGGGGCUCUUCUGACGGGGCCCCCUGGUACAGGAAAAACUUUACUGGCUAAAGCUACUGCAGGGGAAGCAAACGUCCCCUUCCUUAGUGCAUCUGGAUCUGAAUUCUUAGAAAUGUUUGUUGGAGUUGGUCCUAAAAGGAUCCGUGAAAUGUUUGCACAAGCUAGAGCAAAUGCUCCAUGCAUAUUAUUUGUGGACGAAAUUGAUGCUGUGGGGAGAAAGAGGUCAGGAAGGUCGUUUGGAGGUCACAAUGAACAAGAAAACACUUUAAAUCAGCUUCUAGUCGAGAUGGACGGUUUCAAUACCCAGGAAGGAGUGGUCAUUUUAGCCGCUACCAAUAGAAUGGAUGUGCUGGAUGAAGCCUUGCUGAGACCGGGUCGAUUUGAUCGUCAGAUUUAUGUACCCACGCCAGAUAUCAAAGGAAGGGCUUCUAUAUUUAAAGUUCAUUUAGAAAGAAUUAAAACAGAAAUGGACAAGGAGGCUCUAGCUAAAAAAAUGGCUUCCUUGACUUCUGGAUUUUCAGGUGCUGACAUUGCAAACAUCUGUAAUGAAGCGGCUUUGAUUGCUGCAAGAGAGAGCGCUGCAUCUGUGUCACUAAAACAUUUCGAUAAUGCCAUUGAUCGUGUGAUUGCAGGUUUGGAAAAAAAGACAAAAAUUUUCUUGCCCCAUGAGAAAAAGAAGAUUGCCUUCCAUGAGGCAGGCCAUGCAGUCUCAGGCUGGUUCUUAGAACACUGUGCUCCAUUACUAAAGGUUUCAAUUAUACCAAGAGGGAAAGCAUUAGGUUAUGCCAUGUAUGUUCCAGUGGACAGGCAAUUGUAUACACAGCAAGAGAUCCAAGAUCAGAUGUGCUUAGCAUUAGGAGGAAGAGAGUCAGAGAAGCUAUUCUUUGGUGAAUAUACUUCAGGAGCAAUGGAUGACCUCCAGAAAGUGACAUCUAUGGCCUACGCACAGAUAGUUACCUAUGGAAUGAAUGAAAAAGUAGGACAAGUGUCUUACCACGACCCAUCCAAGCAGGAUCAGGGGUUCACCAAGCCCUACAGUGAGGAGACUGCCCGCCUCAUUGAUGAGGAGGUGAGGAUCAUGGUCAACAUGUGCUCCAAGAGGACCCAUGAGCUCCUCAAGUCAAAGAGGGCAGAGGUGGAAAAGGUAGCAAAUAGACUUUUGGAGAGAGAGAAAAUAGAGAAAGCAGAUCUAGAAGAGCUUCUUGGAAAGAGACCGUUUGCAGAGAAGACGACAUAUGAGGAAUUUGUAGAAGGGACUGGCUCCAUGGAGGAAGACACUGCAUUACCCGAGGGCCUCAGAGACUGGAACAAAACCGAGGAGGAAAUAAAAACGGAGGAGAAAAAAAAGGCAGAGGAAACCAAAACCAGCAAGGAGGAGGAGAAAGCAAAGGAAAGCGAGUCCACCAAGGAGGAAGAGAAAGCAAAGUAAACAGAGGGAAGCAAUCGCUGAGAUGAGAAGGCGGCCAUGGAUGGAUAUCCUUCGAAAUGUGCUCACACAAACUUGAUAUAUGUGCUUGAAAAACAAAUGAAUUUAUUUGUAACAAUCAUGAAGAAUAAUUGUCAAAUAAUGAAAACAAAGUUAAUAAUAACUGUAACAGUGGUUUUUCUGGAAUCUUGAUAUCAGUAUUAGGUUUCAGUCCAUGUCGACAUGGUUGCUAAUUACACACCAUAAUUUUUUGUGGUCAAGAUUUUGAUAGCUCUUAAAAUAAUAGUGACAUAGACAAUUUGCCAUUUAAAUGAUAAAAUUGUCAUUUUCACUGUAUUUGUCACAGCAUCUAAUAUGACAAUUGAUGAACAGUAAAUGUAAAUGUGUUAAAUAAAUGAUGCAAUGUCA